GCAACUUUUCUCACGAGCCAGUGGAAAUGAUUCGAUUGUCUUUGCUUUGAUUUGCAGAUGGUAGUGGUGGAGCAGGCGCUGGUGUUCAGUUGGUAGUGGCGUGCGCCCUGACUGUGGAGACCACCUGGUGAGAAGAGCGGCAGAAAGCCCGAGACGGCUGGGUGAAACGAGAAAGAAGAAGAAGAAGAAGGGAAAGAAAAGAAAGAAGAAAAAGAGGGGGAGGGGGCGGUGGGGGAGGUGGAGGAGGAGGAGGAGGAGGCGGCGGCGGCGGAGGAGGAGGAGGAGUAGAAACCACGGACAAGACUGGCAGAUAUCAAACAGAAGCAAGAGGGGCUGGAAAGGAAGGGAGAAGGCAGCGGGAAGGGGAAGGGGAAGGGUGCGAAGACGAGGAGGAGGAGGCGGCUUUUUGGUCUCGUAGAAGGGCAUCGUGCCGACGGGAUCUUCCGGCAAUUCACAGGAUACAUAUACAGGUUAUACAUAUAUAUAUACAUAUAUAUAUCGAUAUCGCUCAGUGCUGCGAAGGUCGCUGAUGUCCGCUACGAGCCCUGCCCCUACCCCUGCCAGCUCAGCGUCGCCCGUACAGAGCGGAGGAAGAACGUCGUCCACGCCACCGUCGACGCGGCGCAAAGUCACCCUAGGCCUCGAUCGAAGAAGAACGCAGCUGAUCUUUCUUCUUCAGCAGCCCCGGCGACCACCACGCGUUCCCACCGCUGAAACUUCGGUAUCACUGCUGCUGUAUCGCCGAUCAGCACGACCACUCCUCUGAAUGUCUUCGCACAUCCAAAAGUCGUGCGUGCCCCACCCCUUUACUUCGACGAUCUAAUUGAUUCUCCAAAGAAUCUCCGAAAGAAACGAAAACGUUUCGAGCCAAGGUUGCUUGCACGUUUAAACAUCAAGUUAAAUGGUCGAACGGUUGAAGCUUUGUUUUUGUCAGGGGCUUGAAGCGACAUUGAGUGACAGCAAAAAGAAGUACGGCGACAAGGUGAAUGCACUUCUGUCCGCCUGGGAGCAUGUCACCAAUUUCAUUCCUGGGGCAACGCCAGAGGCCACCCAGUCUCUCAUAGAAUGGGCUCACAAACACACGUUGAAAUUGGUACUGCGCGGGGAGUGGCCAAAGUUGUCACCCGCGACCAAGACGCACCUCAGUGUAACGUUACAGAGGUGCGCGUCACACCUGGUGCAACACCCCGCUGCACCCAGGUGCACUGCCCUGAUAGCUCUGGUGCACAAUCCAUGGACUCAUCCCGCUCUCGACAGCAUACUUAACGGCCAACCGGAUUCCGAACAUGAAGAGGAGUUCUGCUGUUCGGAGAAAGGUGAACUGCUGACAAUGAGGCUGAAAAUACUUUGCGAGGACCGCUGCGAGGACAUAGCGGUGAACCUCGCCGCCGCUUGCGUACGUUCCCUCCGACGGAGCGAUCGGUUGCGUUCACUCUCGGAUUCUCAUCACGUUCAUUACAUGAUCGACGUCUACAUUGUCCUCUUGUAUAAAUUGAAACGCACGCAAGAUAUAUUCGCUCAACUAAAAUUAAUGGACCUCAGCGACGGAUUGGAAUUGGUCCAGCGACUCAGCGGUGAAAGACCGACCAAGUAUGGGACCGCACGCGUUUGGAGAAAUUCGAUAAAGGCUGCCGAAUUGGUUGCACAAUAUCUCGUUACCGCCGGUAUGGUACGCCCUGUCCCGGAAACCGGCGCGAACAUCCUCGAACAAAUUCUAAACUCUUGGGCAUUGUUGCAUUCGAAAUUGAAAGACGUAGCGCCUACGUUGCCGGGCAUGAUACGGAAAUUGAUCGAACCUGCUGAGAGUGCUCAACACAUUUAUAUCUUUUGCGCGGUACUUGUUAAGCAUUUCGGCGACAGCAUAAAGCCCCUGGUGAUCGAAUUGUACAUCAGGGCGUUGACCACCGACAUGAACGAGCUUGAGAGCCAGAAGACAAAGUCCGACACGGAGAAGGUCCGCGAGACUGCGGAGCGUCUGAGCAUGCAGUUCCUCAAGCUGGCGGACGUAGUCGGUAGCAACAUCGGCAUUGCCCGUGAAUGCGUGCUGACAGCGUUCUCCCUGCAUCCUACCAGAACUUGUUACGACAGGAUCAAGGAGAUCGCGGUCGAGUGCGGGAAGACGAAAGAGGACGGUGGGACAGCGUGCGGCGACAGCAACGUCGUCGGUAGCGAGAAAUUGAAGCACAUCCUGGAGAACAAUCAUUCGACCGUGGUGGGAGGGCUGAAGAGGGCCGAGAGCAACGGCAUCAUCGGUAACGGCGAGAAGAGCGACGAGUUGUUUCCAGUUGUGUCGUCGUUGCCCAGCUCGGGCGUGACGAUAACGACGACGAUUGCGUCGACGAAGAAGAACAUGGACUUCCAGAACGGGCAAGUGAGCAAGAGCUUCGAACGGACGGAUCAGCUGUUGAAGAGCCUGCUGACGCCCAAGAAGGGUGACGCGGCGGCGAUCAGCAGCACGGUGAGCGACAGGUGUCUGUUGCAUCCGAAGAGGGACCCGUUGUCGAACGGUCCCCUCGGCGAGCUUUGCUUCAACUGCGGCGAGUUCACCGGGAACUGCGACAUCGCGACGCGACGGAGCAAGACCCCGGAGUCGAACGACACGACGGCUUCCAGGAACGUGGAGAGAACUCUCGACGCUCUGAUUCUGAUCAAAGGGGACGCGGUGACCGGUUCGGCGAACUACGACGAGAAAUCGGUGCCGAAUCAGGUGCUGGACGCGGAGAAACUCGGCCUGUCGCCGCAGCUUUGCGACGACCUGGCCGUCGUUCUCAGCAGUCCCCGUUACCACAUGCUCAGCUGGGUUUUAGACUGGAAGGAACUGAACAGCCUGUGCGAGAGGUACCUGGAGAACGCCGAGGAGAUGCGCAACACGAACAAGGAGCUCAAGUACCUCAACAUCGACUACUCGCAGUUCAAGGACUGGCCGUCGGAGGACGACACGAAGGACAUCUUCUUCGGGAUAGAGAAAGGGUACGAGCAGUGGGUCGAUUUACCCUCGGACGGUUCGGAACAGUUCGGUAGCUUCCAGCCGGCUGGUAGCUACAAGAGAUCCUCGACGAGAAGGAGCCUCGACGACACCACCACCACCGACUCCGACAGCGGGAGCGUGCUGCGGAUAAGGAGGACAGGCAGACAGAGGAAAAUCCACAGGCUAGAGUCGUCCGAGAGCGACUACGACAGCGCGGAACGCCGCAAGCCGAAGCACUUUAGGAACAGGGUCAGCUCCAUCUCCGACACCGACAGCAACACGCAGGACAGCCAAACGGACAGCCUCGGCAGCGACGGAUGCCGGCUCGAGGUGAAGAAAAAGCCGGGCAAAUCGUGCUCGAGCAAAGAGUCGAGUAAAAAACGUUCGAAGGCCUCGAAGCUGACGGUCGAGUCGGUCUCGCAUUUUCACAUGCUCGUGAACGAGAACGUUCGACACGCGAACAACACGAACGAGGACGCGAGCGGCUCGGACGUGAGCAGCAACGACAUUAUAACCCUGUUCUCCGCCGACAUGGACGAGAACAAACGAGAAACGAUCAAAGGCUCGGCGUACACCGCGGCCGCGCCGUUGAUUAUCACCGAGAGAAGGAGCGACCCGGCUGUGCUCAAGUCGCUGAGGAUGUUCAGGCCGCAGAACUCGAAGAAGUCGACGAGGAUAUCGCAGAUAUUGCAGAAGAACCUACUGAACAAGAGUAGUAAAGACAAUAAUAACCUGGAGAGUAACGGGAACAAUAUAUCGAAGUUUGCCCCGAUGCUCAGCACGCUGAACCUGAACCCGAAGAUCGUGUUGACGAGGGCGGACGAGAUCGACAGGCGGCUGAUCCGUUCGAAGAAGCAGCAACGGCUGAGCAGCGGCGACAUUACCAGCGAGUUGAUGAACAUUCAGAAGAACAUGCCGUUCUCGCCGAACAAGAACCCGUUGUCCACGUAUCAGAAGCAGAAGGGCAACGUCGGGGCGUCGAUGGUAGCUGGCAAAACGGACGACGGACGGGACUUGAACUCGAAAACGAACCUGGGCAAACGAAAGUUCGACAUUCUCGCCAAGGCUGUCAGAGAUUCGGACAUCUUGGCGAAGAACGUGCCGGGCCUGAACUCGUUGGACAUGAUGGUGCCGCCGAGGAUGCGGCCCACCGUGAACGUCGUGCAACUCUCGAGAAACAUUCCACAGAGCCCGAACUCGGGCUCGAUCAACAGCGGGAACACACCGCCGCGGCCGAACAGAACGCCGAGCGUUGCUGGCAACAUUCAGCUACCCGGUACACCAUCUUCCGGAGGUCACGACAGCGGCGUCGGCAUGAGUCCAGCCGGUCAGACACCACCACCGAGGGGUUCGUCAAUUCUUCCCGACGUCGGCGAGGAGACGAAUCAACCGCCCGACAGUUCGCCGACCUCUUCCACCGCCACGAAUCUCUCCGUCGGUCAACUCGAGCCGGACUCCAGCCCGCGAACCAUGCCUAUUCGGCGGAAUCAACAGCAGAACCAGUCGCCUAAAAAGUCUCCGUCUCCAUGUUCGGCGGUGAUCACCGCGACCACCACGACGACCACCAGCUCGGGUGUCGCCUCGACAACCAUCGCGUCCGAACAGUUGCAGAUCGUGUGCAAGCCGGACGGCACGUACCAGUUGGCAUCGGUGAAUCCGAACGUGGUGUCCAAUCAGAGGAACAUGCUCAGCCUGCAGAACAUCGACGACGCGGCGAACGUGGCGAAUUUCUCGCGCCAAGGACCGAGGGGUGUCGAACACGCGAACACGAACAGGAGCACGUACGAGAGGUUAACGUCCGCGAAAGUGACGGCGCAGUCCGGCCAGAACGCCGGCCUGCCCAAGUUUCAGCAAGCUUUCGGCAAGACCAUAUACACGCUGUCGACGGACACGUCGGCGGUGGCGAGCGGCGUGACCGGCGCCUCGUCGGAAACGCUGGUGCAGUCGGUGUCGCCGCAGAAGGCGGCCAACCUCUCGAAGGCGGUGCAAACCUCGGUACCGAACGCGCAACAAACGAACGCCGCCACCACGGGGAUAAACGUACAGUCGAUCGCGAACAUUCCAAACACGUUGCAGCUGUCCACCAGCAGACAGAUCCUGAACAUCGUGCAGAGCUCUGGGAACAACGCGAACGUUGCCACCAGCCCGAACGCGAAUCAAACGUUGACGCAGUUGGUGCAAAGCGUUCAGAACGCCUCGCCCGGUGUGAUAUACACGCACAAAAUUCCCGUCACCAUAUCCACCACGAAUCCGAGUCAAUUGAACAUUAUACCGACUAUAUCGCACGCGAACUCGAUACCAGCUGGGAGAACGCCGGUGGUCAAGUUGAACAUCAUCCGUGCCCCUUUGAGGCAGCAGAACAUCACCGGAGCUAUUCAAGCAGUUUUAACCACGCCAAGAUUGCAGCAACAGCAACAACAACAACAACAGCAGCAGCAGCAACAACAACAGCAGCAGCAACAGCAACAGCAACAGCAGCAGCAACAGCAACCGCCGCCGCCACCACCACCACCACCACCGCCAUCGCAGCAGCAACAAUCGACAGUCAGAACGGACAAUUUGCUUGGAUCUCCCAUAGAGGUACCGAACCAAGUCAGCUCGACGACGUUGGAACAGUUGAGAGAGUUCGAGAGCGUUCUGGAACAGGUGAAGGAGAGAAGCACGAUUCAACCGCAGUCUCACCAAACGAUAUCCACCGCGACCACCACCACCGUGCAGACGCAAACAACCACGCAGCAAACGCAAGCCAGCAAGCAGCAGCAGGUGUCGGUGAGCGCGCUGGCCCAGCAGCUGCUGAUGCCGACGCAGCAGCAAACGGCCACCAACAGCGACUUCGCGAGCAACGGCAACGCGACGGUGAAUUUCCAGCAGGACGUUUUCUCGCAGAAGGUCUCGCUGGCGUACGUGAAUCAGAACGCUGGCUCGGCGGCGGUGGCGGCUGCCGCCGCGGCCGCCGCCGCCGCUGCAAAGACACCCAACUCGACGCCGGUGGUUGUGGUGACCAGCUACUGUCAGCCGGCUGCCUCGCCCGCGUUGAGCGUCACGUCGCAGAGCUCUUCCAGCCCGUGCGUCACACCGGCCCCGGCGCCUCUGCCCUCCGCCGGCAAGACACCGCCCACGCCGCCCUCGUCGAAAACGGUGAAGAAGACGGCGCCGAAGACGGUGAAGACGAGUGCGACCAACACGUCGAAGGCGUCGCCGAUACCGAAGCCGCAGCAGAAGCCGCAGGAGGACGAGCAAACCGCCCAGAGGAUCUACGCCAUUUUGGACGAGUACGCGGAGCAGCUGCGAAACUCGCCGGAUCUGAACAACAAGCCGGCACCGAGAAGAAGAUCGAACCCGCCGACGAACCCGAGCCAGUCGUCCAAGAGGAAAAAGUCGAGCGCGAACAAGACGAAGCCGGUUGGCCAACAGAACUCGGAGCUCAGCCCGAGCACGGACGACCUCGGUAGGACGAUGGGCAGCGAGGACUCGUCGAGCGGCGUUGUCCACGUUCAGGACAGUCCCGCCGGUUUCUCCGCCCCGGACGAACCGGCCGCCAACGUGGCCAGCGUAACCGACGCGGCUGCCGAAGUGAGAAAUCUGACCAACGACUCGAACGACGGUGUGGAGUUGAACGUCAAGCGGCGAAACCUGAUCUUCGCGGAGCCCGGCUCCGGCCAGUCGAGGGCGGUGAUCGUUCAGGAGGCUGUGCAGACGAGUUCGGUGAGCGUGAGCGAAGCCCUGGCUUCGGUCACCGGGAAAAUGGGGAGCACGGCCGUCCUGGUCCCUGGGCCUAACUACAUCUUGCCGAUGAACCUGGUGAAGGGUCAGCAGUUCACAAUAGUAUCCAGCGGGUCGAAGCUGCUGGCGACCGUGCCAGCGACCGUGCGAACCACUGGGAACACCGGCGUCUCCAACACCCUGGUCCUCCAGUCGUUUCUCAAUCAAGCGGGCAAAAUAAUCUCACAGCCGGCGCAGGUGAAGCAGGUGAAGAUACCAACGCUACAGACACUGUCGAGCAACCAGACGUUAGCCACCGCGCAGAACGUUCAGGGCGCGUCGGUGGUGAUUCCUCAGGGAGCCGGGAGCCAAGCCCAGUUCACCAGCGACGUGGCCACCGAGAAGAGCAACAUCAUCGGUGACUUGACCAUGGGGAAAUCCGACACGGUGGCGGGGGCGGUGACUGUCGAGUCGACGACAAACGCGAUCGUCGUGAACAAGAGCAACUCGACGAUCGGUCUGAUCCAGCGUAACCUGAACGAGCCGUCGGACAGUCAACCGAUAUGCGGCGUGAUCACCAGCAAUCCAAACUUGACCCUUCAGGGUGCCAGACUGUUCAACUCGUCCAUACACAAACUGACGACGCCGGGGCUCAAGUCUGACAACGUGGUGUGCAUAACGCCGACGGCGACCAUCGCCCACAGCCCGGAGAAGAAGUCACCGCAGGAAAGUCAGAUUCACAACGACAAGCAGCCUGUCUCCAUCCAGACCGGUGCGACGAUCGCUCUUGCCUUUGCCACUCAGUCCGACGUUUCCUUGUUGAACGACACGCAACAACAGCAACAUCAACAACAGCAGCAGCAGCAACAGCAGCAAACGCAGCAGAAAGAUACGAAGGAAAUAUCGACGGAAAUAAUCUCCGGUGCCAAGAUCAUCUCGCCGAAGACGGUCAAAAGAAAAAUCGACGACACAAUGGGUAUGUCGGAGAACGUUCCGAAAACCUUGAUCACUUCCAACUCUGUCGUUUGUUCGAGCAAUGCCGCACCGUUGCAGAGUAACGAAAAAAUUGACUCCAUGUCCACGAUAACGGUUGCGAGUAAACAGUCCGGAGGUAUAGAUAACGCGACGCAGUUCUUGGUAACUGGCGGGCCGAGUAGCUCGGACAGCCAAGAGUCCCCUGUCCAGCAGUCCACCGAGGGUAUCGAGGUGUCGUGCAAGGUUGGCAACGGCCUGCUGUACGGGAACGCGAGGCUGCAAGAAGCCUGGGAACCGGAGGGCAAAGUGUCGCCCGACACACCUUGGCGAUACGUGCCAACGUCCACCAACUCGCUGAACAUCGAGCCGUUAAACUCGAGAUACUCGGACAACUCGGAGAACGUUCAGAGCGUGCUGCAGAUCAUCAACAAGGGCCAGAGCAUCGAGAUGGCCAGCGGGCAGAUCUACCAGACGAACGCGAAAAAGUACUUCAUGAAUCACACGUUGGAGUCGUUCCAGCAGUACUCCAACAAGAGCCACGUGAUGAAAACGCCGUUGAACCCCAGGUUGGAUCGGGAGUUGUUGCAGCAGAAGAUGGAGAGGAAAGCGGCGGCGAUAGAACGCGAGAUGAAGUUGCAGAAGAGCUUGUCGGAGGAGUGCGAGGAUCUGGGCGUGGACGAGCCGAGCACCAGCGAUCUGUUUCCAGAGGCGGAUCUGUUGUUCGACACGAACCACUCGCCGUCCUUCGAUCAUUCCUCUCAGGACGCGUCGUGCAGUCAGUCGCUGGGUAUGAAGUCCUACAGUGGUUCCUACUUUCGCUCUCUGGACUCGUCGAGCGGCAGCAGAGACGCCAGCCCGGUUGCCGACUUCAAGACGAACGAGCGUAGAAAAAGCGGCAGCAGCCAGCGAGCUAGAUCCGCGAAAGAUUCCUCGAAGAGGCUGAAGAGGGACAAGGUGGAGGAUCAUCUGCAUUUGGAGAGCUCGGCGAAACACAUGCGGCUAACGUUGGACAACUUGAGCCAGGACGAAGCCUCGAACAGCAACUCGGACAUCUCGAGAUUGUCGCCGACGAAUCUCGGCUCGCUGGAGAACGACUCGCUGAAGGGGACGAGCCGGACGAAGAUGACGUCGAGGAACGGCUCGAAGGAGGGUUCGCCCAGCAGCGUAUCGAGCAUUCCGUCGAACAUGAAACUGGACAUCGACUUGGACUCGGAAUCGCUGCCUCCGAGCAUCAAUGUAAAUAACACCUCGGCGGCGAGCUCCGGUGACGAGAGCUUAACCUUGCUCAGCGGUAACACGGCGGACGUCACGAUUCCAUCGCCGCUCUCCCCAAUCGCUGGCCCGAUGUUGUCGACGCACAAGUACACCUACACCAAUAAGAAGCGGAUCGCGUCGAAGGUAACGAGGAUGGAUUACCUCUCGUGGGAGAGCCCGAUGUCCGAGAGAACGAGAUCGAGCAGCGACGAAGAGGACUCCAGCAUAAGCGAGUCGAUCGGUAGCCAACCGGAGGAGAACGCGUUGAGCAACGGGCUCGAGGACAGCGUGCAGAGUCUCAAGUCGCUGUCGAACGAGCGACGUUGCAACUACCUGAAAAAAAAGGACAAGUUACAGGUGAACGCGAGAGUGGUGUUGAAUAGAGCGGAUCACAAGAGCAGCCUGUCGAAGCGUAUCAAAGCGAACGAGUCGAUCCAAGACUCGGUGAUGGUUUCCAGUGACAAGGCUUCGGAGCCCUCGGACGAUGAAACGGGGAACAUCGCUUUGGUCGAGCCGGACUGCCGAGCUAGACGGUCGAGUUUGCGCGGACACGUUAAGAAGGGGUGUGCCUGUUGCAACGGCUCCCCGGAACGACCGAAAAAGAAAUCGGUGAAGUCCGAUCACUCGCGAUUGAAGAAACGUUUGUCCUCGAAACAGACCGGAAAGAAAAGGUAGUCCUAGCGUUCGAACGCUCGACGGAGCAUCGCGUGUUUAGUCGUAAUGGUAUAUGCUCACAUCUGGCGACAUGUGUCCAGUGACAAAGGAGCUUCCAAACGUACGGGCGUCGUCGUGUCCUCGUUGCCGCUACCGACGUGAAACUCGACAGUGACCGACGACAGCAGCCGGGGGAAAAACGUGUCCAAGACAGAAUGCAAUUCGCUCGAGUGACGAAUAUGACUGACGCAUAAACUAAAGACAAGCUUGUAUAUAAUACAUAUUAGCGAAUUAGGGAGUUGUCGGUGAAGACAAACUUUUACGAUACGCCGAUAACUCGGAGUGCCUAUUCUCGUGUAGGCAGAAAUGUUGAUUGAUACAUUGUGACAUUCGUAGAUUCUCGAUACAGCGUUGUACUACCCGUUUCAUCGAUGAACAGAGGCAGAGGAAAA